AGAUUUUAGCAACACUCGUCGCGUUCUCGUUCGUUCGAGAAUCUUUUCGACGGUUCAGUUUUUCUUUCGAAUUGAAGCGGUAUUCAAAUAAAGUCUUGUGCGAAAAUUUGGUCGUUCAAUCGUUCGUAACGGCACGAAAAGUAUCUGUCGGUCGGGGUGCUUCUUCCCUUUUUUUCUGCCGGGGGUAUUAAAAUUAAAUGGACGAUGUGGAAUUUACCCGGCUCGGUCGUAAGGUGGUAGUGUGAAUAGUUUUAUUUAUUUUUUUUCCAUUCGGAGUGAAAAAUAUUAAAUAAUUAAAGAAAUAUUUAAGUUUUUUUUCGGUUACGUUGGGACAAAGGUAAAACAGAUUUUUUCUUCAUUUUUCUCUUCACCGAUGUACGAGAAAGACGGGCGCGCACAUUCGGCGUUCUUUUUUCGGUUUUAGACCGUAUCUUUUAGUUAUGUCCGAGCAUAACAGGGGCGCUUGGGGUGGCGGUAGAGAAGACGGAGUCGGAAGCGGCGGCGGCGGCGGCGGUGGUGGUGGUGUAGGUGGUGGUGGAGGAGGCGGAGGUGGAGCCGGAGGAGGCAUGUGGUGGCCGGGGUCCAUAACCGCCGAGCAACAGCAAUCGCUCCAACAGCACCAGCAGAUCCUCCACCAGCAACAUCAGCAGCAGCAGCAGCAACAACAGCAGCAGCAGCAGCAAUUGCAACAGCUUCAAAAUAGCAGCAGCACCUCGGCCGCGGCUCCUGCUCAUCAGCAGAUCUUCUCGUAUAAGAUGGCCAGCAGCUUCCAGAGUCCGCCCACGAGCGUCUCUUCGAGCGUCCGGGGCGCGUACGAUUAUCGCGGUGGGGCGAUGGGGGGGAACCCGACCAUGAGCCCCACGCCGGCCUCGCAAUGGUGGUACCCUAGUGCAAUGGACUCGUCUAUGCAAAAUAAUGCACAGAACAAUAUGCAGACCAUGCCGAAUGUACAUACACCUUCACCGCCCGUGCAGCAACAAGUGGAUGCUCAGCGACAGCAGCAACAGCAACAACAACAGCAGCAACAGCAAAACGCGGCGGCAGCGGCAGCAGCAGCAGCAGCGGAAGCGCACAGACAAGUGGUAGCGGAAGCGCACCGACAGCAGCAACAACAAGAAGCAGUCCAGCGACAGCAGGAAGCACACCGGCAGUACCAGGAGGCUCAGGCGCACCUUCACCAGCAAGUGGUAGAGGCGCAGGCGAGGCAAGCUCAACUCCAGCAGGAACAACACCAGUUGGUGGCGCAGCAGCAGGUACAGCAGAACCACCACCACCACCACCCAAACAACCAGCCGCUGCAACAGCAGCAGAUUUUGGCGGGCCUGCAACAGCACCAGCAACAGCAGGAAAAAGGCAGGAUGCCGCGUGGAAAGGCUAACGCGAAGCCGAGAGGCAGGAUGACCGCCUACGCUUUUUUCGUACAGACGUGCCGUGAAGAACACAAGAAAAAACACCCGAAAGAAAAUGUUGUAUUCGCCGAAUUCAGCAAGAAAUGUGCCGAAAGAUGGAAGACCAUGUUAGACAAAGAAAAGCAACGUUUCCAUGAAAUGGCUGAAAAGGACAAGAAGCGUUACGAUGCUGAAAUGCAAAAGUACACACCUCCCAAGGGUGAAAAGCAACGCGGCAAGAAGAGGAAAAUGCCGAAAGAUCCGAACGCGCCAAAACGCUCGCUGUCUGCGUUCUUCUGGUUCUGUAACGAUGAACGCGGCAAAGUUAAGGGUGCUAAUCCUGAAUACGGCGUCGGCGACAUCGCCAAGGAAUUAGGCAGGAGGUGGGCGGAUGCCGACCCAGAAGUUAAGGGCAGAUACGAAGCUAUGGCUGAAAAGGAUAAAGCCCGCUAUGAAAAGGAAAUGACGGCGUACAAGAUGAAAAACAACCCGGCGGUUCAACAACAAACCAUACCCGAACCCGAUGAAGACGAAGACGAGGAGGAGGAAGUCGACGAGGAUGAAGACGAUUAAAAAGGAGUGAGUGAGUGAGUGACGACGUCGAUCGCGCGUUGCCGCCCCUUUAAAUAUAAUAUUUAAAAAAAUAUGCGGGGGUGGCACACCUCAGCCGUUACCUCACCAAGCCUUCAUCAUCUCUCCGCGCUCGCUCAUCCUCAUCAACAAAACACAUGUUCGUUCGUUGAAAAUCGUUGGUUAAGAUUACAAAACAAAAAAAAAAACAAAAAAAUCGUUCAUAUUUUUCAUUCAUCCAUUCCUCCGGUGUACAUAUAAGCAAAGUUAGCAAGUGUUCUUUUUUAUUUUUAUCUUUAAUUUUAUGUUCUACAACCCUUUUAAUUUUUUUCCUUUAUUAAGCAAAUAACAAACUACAACAAAGAGAGACAAACAAAAGAGAAAAAAUUCAUAAAGAUCCGUUUUUAAAUGUAAUUAAGUACUUAUACAAAAACGCUAAGGAAGUAAUGAUGAUGAUGAUGAUAACGAUGAUGAUGACAUGAUUUUUUUAACAGAGAAAACUGCCGAUUGAAAGAAAUCUAACGACUUCUGUGUAUAUUUUUUCAAUAGGUUAAGUGAUUUUUUUCAAUCGCUGUUUUUGUACUGUUUCUUUUUUCUUUUUUUUGGGUGGUUAUUAUCAAUUAGAAAAGCACGUGAUUUUUUUAAUACAACAAAAAUAAUAAUAAAUGAUUAGGUAAAAAAAAAA